AGAGUUUUUAUCAUUACUUUGUACAUUUAAAACGAACCAGAGGAGCAGUGACAACUACCAAAAUUUUGCAAGACAAUAUUAGAGGUCAAGCUUAUGACGGUGCUGCUUCAAUGGCUUCUGAAAAACAGGUUCUUUGAUUCUUCACUGAAGCGACAUCAGUACUUUGAGCAUUUGCUGUCAAAAGAUACAGAGGUGACCAAAGAGAACCGGAUAUGCCUGUGCAAAAUGACGUGGGUUGAGAGACAUACUUGCUCCGAUUCAUUCAAGAGCAUGUAUGUUGGCAUUACAUUGUGUUUGCGAUAUAUUCUCAAUCCUGGUCUGGACGAAAACCUACAGGACAAUGGAUCAUGGGAUGCCCAAGACAAUUUGUCUACAUUCACGUCCCAAGAUUGUGUAAGAGACAAAGAGGCAAUCUUGGUGAUAGCACUGAUCCUUCUAAUCAUUUUAAGGCCAAUAUUGUUAUCCUCUUUUUUCAUUAUUCAUAUCAAAGAAAUGAAUUGUAGAAUCCAGAAAAAUGAUGACUCCGGCUAUUCAGUAUUACCACUGUUCCCUGAUAAAAUGGUUAAACUGGGCGAUUCUGACGUAAGUCGCUUAGCAAAUGACUUGAUGUUUUGGGGGAAGACUUGGAAAAUGUACAACCUGAUGACCUUAAAGCAAUACAAGCUGUAACUGACGGUAUUUUGUCAACUAUCCAAUUAUUCACCAAAUAACACCUACCGGUAUAAUAUAAAACUUAUACGGUACCAAUUUUGAUGCACCAGAUGCGCAUUUCGACAAAUAAUGUCUCUUCAGUGAUGCUCAACCGAAAUGUUUGAAAUCCGAAAUAACUAUGACGUUUUAGAGCUAAAUAUAGCCAAAAACAGCGUGCCAAAAAGUGGAGCCAAAUUCGUCCAAGGAUAAGAGCUAUGCAUGAGGGAGAUAAUCCUUAAUUUUGAAAUGAAUUUCUAAAUUUUAUAACAGCAAUUAAAUAUACAUCCGUAUAACUAAUAUAAUCCCAAAGAUCUGAAGAAAAAUUCUGCAAAAUAAACAAUUUGCGAAUAUUGUUUGAGAGCACACCUACAAUGAGCGUUUCGUAUAAACCGCCAUUGUGUCGUAUACACGGACAUGGGAACGAUGAUUGCCGAACAUAAUCGGGUUGCUGAG